UUUUUCUCUUUCGUUUGUCGACUGUUUCACUUUCCCGCAGAAAAUAGGGUGUCGAAUCUGUCCUAUAACCUCCGUUAUAUUUAUUACUAUUUAAAGAUCGAAGAUGAAUCUUUUAUGAUAAUUGUGGAUUAAUUCAUGUAAAGGUUGUUCUAAGUGAUGUUGUGUAAGAUCGUUUGUGUUCUUGCGGUCGUUGUGUAGCGUUUUUAAAAAUUAAACAUGGCCUCGAACCGAGGAAUUCAGAUCGGAUCCGCGUGGUUUCAACGGAAGCUGAAUUUGAGACCGCAGCACCGGGGCGUGCACCUGGUCACUGAGGAGAUCCUCAAACAGGUGCCCGAGCUUUCCCAGUUCGCGGUCGGCCUCUGCCACAUCCAAAUAAUGCACACGUCGGCGAGUCUCGCGCUAAACGAGAGUUGGGACCCUGACGUUAGGGACGACAUGGAGAUGAUGCUCAAUAAAAUAGUGCCGGAAGGAUUGCCUUACCGCCACUCCUGCGAAGGCCCCGACGACAUGCCUGCUCACGUGAAGGCGUGUUUCCUGGGCUCUUCACUGACCAUUCCAAUCACAGAUGGGAAACUGAACCUUGGCACAUGGCAGGGAGUGUGGCUAUGUGAGCACAGGAACCACGCUGGCAGCCGGAAGGUGGUGGUGACGCUGUCGGGGUGUCCGCGCGACUCGCCGCUGUCGCCGGUGUCGGCGGCGUCGUGCUCCAGUUAGGAGCGGGCGGGGGGCGCGACCCCCCACACGCACUCGCACUCGCGCCCCUCCUCCAAGAGCACACGGAGGUAAACCUUUUGUACCCACGCACCACCUAGCCGAUAGACGAUAGUCCUUAUUAUUAUCUUCGAACGACAAUAUGUACAUAAGAUUAAUACUUUGUCAAACUCUGCGCGGGCCGUUUCACACCCCGUUCUUUCAAGCUUUGAUACUAUUGUGAGUGACUCCCAAUGAGUUUGUUUAGUUUCAUUUAAUGUAAUUAAUACUCUGAAACCUUUCAGGUAACACAUGGUUUUACAUUUUGUAGAAUAGAUAACCAAUCAUUUCUUAUUUUUUAUAAUAGAAUCAUGAUAAUAGUAUUUUUAUACUUCCAUACAAUAUUUAGGGUGUAAAUGUGGUGUUAUAUUAAUAAAAUCAAAAGGCUCCUUGUGUUACGUGAAAUGUUUUGGAGCAGUGUGCGCGUAGAUACUAUGAUAGAUCUAAUAUAAUAAAAGGAAUUGAAGUGGUAGUUAGACGCCAAAGCUCGUGUUCCAAAGGAGCGCCCGCGCAGAACGUACUUUAUCGAUAUUAUGUUCAGUCAAAUUGGUAACUGGACCCGUUUAUUGUACAUAGGAGUUACGUCCGACGGUUUUAAAGUAUACAUAAAGUGAGUUGUUGUUUUGUUGUUGCGCUGUGUCGAUAUGUACAUAGAGGACGCGUGGACACGAGUGGCGUCGCUCGUCGCCCGUGGCUCGCGCCGUACACUCGCCCGUUGUACGCGGGCCGGCGCCGGCCGCGCCGCAAGACACGAGCGCGAGCGAUGCAACCCUCAGCGGAGUUUUGACUACUGCACUCGUUUAAAUUUCUUCAACGUACACCGACAGACAUAUGUAUAUUUUUUAACAUGGCAGCACGUUAGACAUUUUUAUGAAUUCUGACACUCAUUUUACUACACAAAUUUUGUAUGUAAUCGCACUGGUAAACGGUCAGUUGGUGUAAGUCUUAAGAGCUGAAUGUAGAAUAUAAAUAGUUAAGUACUUUGUACGUGUACCAUAGCUAUCUUCUCUCUCCGUGUUAGGUUAGAAUUGAUUAACGAUUAGUACAUGAAACAUGUCCAUAGCUUUAAAUGUUUCACGCCCGUUGUAUCAACGGGCCCUUCACGGAAUGACAAUGAGCUGACGUUCUGUACCAUAGUUAGUAGUUGUAUAUCAUUACUCUUAAGAUCAUGUAAGUGCCUCGGAUUUAUGGGGUGGUCACGUGUUUAUUUGCAGACUGGUCGAGAGCCGUCGCUCGUUCCGGUAUACCGGUAUACCGACUUGCCAUGUUUCUGGUGCGUUUGUGUUCAGUGUUCACUAUGUGUGUAAUGGGUGUGUCUUUUCUCUGUCCGCCUCCCUUUGUUUUAGUUCGAUACGUUUCCAAAACGUUAUGAUUGGCGACUACAUUGUAAUUGCGUAAAUGUGAAUGCAAUAAUUUUGUUUAUCGUGGAAUGUACUACGUAAUAGGUUAAUCAGUUUUAGUUUGGCGAUGUUUAUGAAUGCCUAUAUGUAUAGUUGUAUGUCUUCCUAUGUAAGUUCCAUCGCGUAAGGUGAAAUUAGCGUAACUGUUGGUAUAGCGUACGACUUACGAGUAUAUGUGAGCGCCGAGCGGUAUUAGGGUAUGUAACACCACCUUUAUGUCCGGCCACAUGUAUGUAACUUAGAUAAUGUAUCGAAAGUAUCGCGAUAGGGGCUCCAAAUUGUCAGACGUUCGGAAUAGCUGUUUAUACAUAGAAUUAUCAGACAGACUAAUCUGUAGGGGUGUUUUAUAUGAUAGCGGAUUACAUUAUUUCAGUAAUUAUAACAGGGUUGAGAACCUUGUCUCUUACAGGAAUUUAUUAUAUUUAUCGAAAUAAAGAACAUUACAUUCGAUAGGGGUGAGUUCAGUAGCGGCCGCCGCCUCGCGGGAGUCGCGGCGGGCUUGCAGGCAGUUUGGUUGCGUUCGGCUUUAAAUGUCCCGUUAAGAAUCGCUUGUGUGGCACAAUUUUACACUUGAGACUUAGUUAGGACUUAAUAAAUUAUAGAUAUUAGGGUACAGUCGGCGCUAGGCUAAUGUUUGCGGUGGCGUCGUCGGCGGCGGAGGCGGUGGCGGGCGGAAUACGCGGUUAGACUAUACCGAACCACGCUGUGCCGCAUGUGUACUUCAAAAGCCUACUUCACUUACUUGCUGCAUAUAAUGUGAUAAUUAAUAUUCACGCCAUGGCAUUUAUCUAAAUUACGGUAAAUAUACCCUUUGUUAUUAUUACCAUGUAAAAAUAAUUAUACACAAAUUAUUUUUCCUUAACGCUGCCUGGAAUAGAAAAUUAAAAAGUUUUUUUUAACUUCUAUUUGGACUAUUUCUCGUUAGGUGAUUUGCUCACGCGUGACUUACAUUUAUAUUUGAAUCUGCAACAAACAGCAGUUUUGUGAGUUUUUAAUCAGGCGCGGAACUCGCUCUCCGCUCCGGUUCCCGCUCCCGCCACGUGGUGUCGUCACACGACUCGAACCCUCUUUUGAUACCGCAUGUACAAAGUGUAGAUGUCACAGACAUGAUACAGUUUUGUCUCAUGGACAACCAUAGCGUUACUUCACUUAGGGCUUGAUGUACCGUCAUAUUCGGGCUUUUGAUAGAUUCACAACUUUACCUCUUUUGAGUUCAUAUUGUAUAGACGUAAGUGAUAUUUUCGAAUUAUUUAAUGGUCAUUACAAAGCUUCGUAUAUCGCUUGGAACGUGUAUUUAUUAAUUGUAUAUGACGUAUAUUUUAUCUAACGCAUGUUCAAUGUACUAUCGUAUUAUACUAAAGGAAUCGCUUGUUUGAAGCAUUUACUGUAUUUUCCGUAGCUUGUACCAUUUGGUUUGCAUCUGUUUGGAGGGAGACAAGGGAUGGGGUCGCGGGAUGGUUAAGUGCUUUUUAAACACGUAAUGGUUAAGAUCCUGUAAAUAUUUUUUGCAUUAACUCUAGUAUACAUGUACGGUUAACCGUGUACAUACAUUCGUAAUGUAAAAAUGUUUGAGCGCUAUUUGUGUAUGGAAUAUGGAUGUUAGGUAUGCCACUGCCAUUUAAGAGUUGCCUGUUUAUUUACUUGACUAUUGUAAGAAACUAAUUGGUAACGGCAAUAAUUUUAAAUUUGUAUUAAUAAAUGUUUUUUAAAACGUACUCGCAGAUUGCCGCUUCAUUGGCUCGAAUUUAUCUAGUCCGUUAUUGAUUUAUUGCCGUUACGAUGUUUCAUUUCUCAACAAUAGUCAAGCAAAUACGAUGUAGAUAAGUAAUCAGGUAAUGUUUGUUUUACAUUCCUUAAAGCAUUCCAAUGUUGGGACGUUGUUUUUGUUAAUAAAAUAUAAUUUAGCUAGUCUGUCCCAAUUUAGGCUGUCAAUAACAACGAAUGUGUCUAGCAAGUUACCAUAAUAAGUUCCAAACAUUCCACGUAAAGUGUCAGGAAUUUAAGUAUCUUCAGUAGUUGAGCAACUUUAGGAAACCUGUACUUAUUGUAAUUUUCUACAGACACAAAUAGCCGAUUAUAAAUUAUUGUAUAACUCUUUUUUAAUCAUUUGUUAUAUAUGGUUCCAAGUAUUUCACUAAAUAUGAUAAACGUAACAAUUUCAUUGUAAGGGCACAGUUUUACAUAAUUGUUUACUUAUUAAGCAGGUCAGUAAUCAUUCAUUUGUUAUUAUAUAUAAUGUAUUGCACAUAGUAAAAAUGAGGUUGUAAUCGGUUUAAAUGUAACAAAAACAUGGGAGACAAAUAAUUUGUGUGUAUAUUAUUUAAGGUCAAUAAUUAUUAUAUCAAUAUAUUGUGUGUACAGUCGGUUGAUUCACGAUUUUCUUAGUAGUACGACAGUUGUACAUUGAGCCCUCGCUCCGUCGGGCGGGGCCACUUCUGUCGCGGUAAACAUUUUGAUUGUAUCAUAUAACUUGUACAAUAUAAAUAUAUAGAUCCACAAUUAUGACAGAGAUUAAAUAUUUGCAAAAGUUAA